GCGCUGCGAUUGGCUGAGCCCGAGACGUUUCCCAAAAGUGACGCACGCUUCUAAACUCACCGCGCGGAACUUCCCAGAGUUGUUAUUGACGAGCCGAGCAGCGGCGGCAGCGGUGACUUGUGGUGGUAUCAGCGGCCACUGGGGAGACAAAGGCGGCCGGGCGAACUGCUUUGACGGCAGCGACACACACACACACGGGAAGCCAUGGCUGCUGCCAGGCCAACGCUACGGGAAUGGGUGCUGGGACUUGUGGACCGCAGUGAACUGGGCCUCGCGUGGGUUGACAGACACCACUUGUGCUUCAGCGUCCCCUGGGGCAGAAGUCCCGGAGCUUGCGACUUCAUCCAGCGAUGGGCGACGGUGUUCGGCAAGGACACGGGCACCGAGGAUUUUGCCAAGUGGAAGCACGGCCUGCGCUGUGCCCUCGACUCGCAGUUCACCUACCAGUCCGAGGGCAUCGAUCGGCCUCAACGUCGCCUCUACAACAGCACCCGCCCUGCCAAGAGCAAAGCCAGCCCAUCGUCCCAGUCUCAAGCCAGCCCAUCAUCCCAGUCGCAAACCAGCCCAUCGUCCCAGUCUCAAGCCAGCCCAUUCAACCAGUUGUACACCAGCCCAUCGUCCCAGUCUCAAGCCAGCCCAUUCAACCAGUUGCACACUAGCACCGUGUCAACGCCUACAUUGCCGGACCCGUUAGAUGACUUGGAGGAUCUGACUGCUGAAUUUGCCCCAAAUCCGCAUCUCCCCGUGCAGGAGAGCGAGGCGGUUGGAUCGAUGUUCUGCUUCAACGGGAUGAUGGACAGCCUGGGCGCGGCCGGCCCGGAGCCUUCUGCUGAAAACCGGCACGUGGACUUUGUGAACUCGGUCUCCGAGGUGACGGAGACGGAGAUGUUUGUGGCGACUGCCGCCAUCCCCUGCACCCAGACUCUGCAAAUGGCAGUCACGGACCUGGAUUUCAAGGUUCUCUACAGAGGGAGCGAGGUGUUUAAGGCGGUGACCAGGACAAACCGCUGUAUCAUCUGCCAUGACCCCCCACAAUCCUCUGUACCAUCACCGCCGCAGCAGGACACGGCCGUCAUCUCGCUGCCGCCGCCCGUGGGCUUCAACGAGCAACAGCGCUUGACGGCGAGAAUCCUGGAGCCGCUGGCGCGCAUGUCGGCAGACAUGGGCGGCGUGGUGCUGGAGGUGGACCGCCACGGCCUGUACGCGACGCGCCACGCGCUCAGCCGCGUGUACUGGUCGGGGCCCAGCACGCCACGCCACGCCGCGCCCGUCAAGUUGCCCCGCGGCGAGCGCGUCUGCCUCUUCAACCUUGAAACGUUCAUGCAAGAAUUGAUCCAGUUUAUGAAAGGUUCACCUCCAAGGCCUCAGCCGUCGUUUGAGAUCCUUCUGUGCUUCGGGCAAGAGUGGCCCAAUGGGACAUUGGCUGAGAAACUGAUUAUGGUGCAGGUGCAGCACAGUUUGGCCCGCUUGCUGGUGGAGUUGGCCCGGCAGGGCGGUGCGUCCUCGUUGGACGGCUCGACCGUUAGGUUGCAGAUCUCCGACCCCCUGAGCAACGAGAUGAUGGAUGUGGACCAGAUGGACGAUUUUUUGAAGUGGAUCAACGCCGACAGCGGACACCAGUAGUAGGGGGGGCUCGGCCGUCGUGCGGCGGCGGCGCUGACGAGCAAGACUCAUUUUGUUGUCGGUAGUUCGUUCGUUGCUAAAAAAAAAAAAUAUUUUUUGCUUCAAAAUAUUUACGAAGCGAUGCGCCCGUGCUAGUUGUACAAUGCCAUCGCUUUCUGACAGCAUGUACAUAAUUUAAAAAAAAGCAUUGGGUGUGUGACGUUGAAUGGAUUAGGAGACUCGUGGCAGGCAGGCUUUAGUUCAAAUACGAGCAAUAUUUGAGCUAAAUUUAUUUGCUAAUUUUCAGAGAGAGGGGGGGGGGGGUACACUUUGUCACGUUUAGGUACCGCAGUGACCUGCACAGUUUUGAUAACAGACCUGGUGCUGAGAAACAAGUAUUGGUUUGGUCUGUGCCUCUUGCCUGUUAGCUUCUGGUGUCGAACAUUUUACCAUGUGCAACCCGUGUGUGAUGUAUAUAUAAAAAAAAAAUCCCAUU